AUGCUGAAUGAGGAUGCUGAAUAUUGGUGGGCAGGCAUGCAACAACAGAUGGGGACUAGGAAAGAGCCGGUGACUUGGGCCAACUUUAGGACUCGUUUCCUGGAGAAAUACUUUCCAGAUACAGCUAGACAGGACAGGGAGGUUGAAUUCCUUACAUUGCAGCAAGGAGACAUGACAGUGCAGGAGUAUGUCAAUAAAUUUGGGCACUUGGCGAGGUAUUACUCACAGGACAUCACCAAGGAGUGGAGAUGUUUAAAGUUUGAGCGAGGACUCAAACAUGAGUUGAAGAGGGUGGCCAAAAGUGUGGAGCACCUGGAGAAGGGCCCUGGUCCCGUUGUGAGUAGACAUCAGAAAAAUGUCGUUGAAGCUAGGCAGAUGAAAAGUCCUUAUAACCGUCCACAGGCAUCCCAGGGUCCCUCUUGCUACCAGUGUGGCGGACCCCAUCUGAAGAGGAAUUGUCCUCAGCUGGCAGGUGGAGUAGGAGGGUCAGGCGACCGUCGCAAGUGCUUUAUAUGCGACAAAUCGGGACACUUCGCCAACAAUUGCCUAGAAAAGAAGAAUUUAGGUGUGAAGAAGCCAACAACAUCGCCAACAAAGAGAGCUAGAGCGGCUGGCAGGGUCUUUGCUUUGACCUCCACAGAGGCAACUAAAUCAGGUAAUCUCAUCCUCGAGCCAUGUUUAUUGUUGGGUCAGUUAGUCUUGGUGUUGUUCGAUUCUGGAGCGACACAUUCUUUCAUUGCCUAUGCGUGUGUGGGGAGAUUGAAUUUGGUGAAAUGCGAUUUGGGGUGUGAGUUACUUGUUUCAACUCCCUCCUCAAGUCAAGUGGCUACCGGUUUAGUCUGCGUUGGGUGUUCAAUGGAAGUGGCAGGUCGCAGAUUCAAGGUGAACUUGGUGUGCUUGCCUUUGGAGGGACUGAAUGUAAUCUUGGGGAUGGACUGA